CGGAGUCCCUGCAGUUUGGGGUACUCUGACUUGGGGAACAGGCUGGGGAAACAGAUUGGGCCUAGACUUGGAAGCCACAUGUGGCACAGGCAGAGCACACACGUGAAGCACGUGGUCUCUGGUGGGGAAGGGCCUGGUGCAUGCGCUUGGAGGCCGGGUCAAGUCUGUACCUGCCCCAGUUGCUUGGCAGAUCGGCAAGCAGGCUGGCAGGGCCUGUGUGUGGGUGGCAGCCAGCGGCAGCACCAUGUGCUCACAGCCUCACCACCACACUCCCCCUGGUUAGCUCUGUGUCAGAACCACCCCCAGAACCUCAGUUAAGCAAAGGGGUUGGUUUCCAUGGAGACACAGCAUCCUUUUUCCUUGGCAACCUGAAAUCCCAAAACCCAAGUUAGGUUUGGGAAUGAGUCAUUGGUGACCAGUAGGGGGUGCUCUCCUACAAGGCUGACCCCACCACCACCACCCAAGACAGGGAGAGAUGAGCAACUGACCACAGUCUUAAGGUGACCCAAGGGUGUAGCCUGGCCUUCAGGGAUGGAGUGGGCCCUGCUUAACCCCUCCCUGCUCCUGCUGCAUGGUGAGAGGAGGCUGCCUAGGCUGCGGGAAGAACUGUGUGGAGGAGGCACCCUGCAGCUGGGGUUCCCAGCGUGGCGCUAGCAUGGAGGUGAUCCUGGACCUUUCAGGCUGGGCAGAACAGAGGAAUUGGGGCCCUGGCCAGGCAGAGUGGACACAGAAGAGUUAACUGAUGGGGUGUGACAGGGCGAACCGCCCUCAGGAAGUGUUACUCACCGCUGGGAAUGUGUGCGCCUGUGCCUGGGGGCUGAAUUCUCUUCCUGAGUCCUAACCGAAGGAGCAGCCUAACAGAAGGAAAGAAGGAGCUCCUAACCAUGGGAGACCCUGGAGAGCCAGAGGCACACCAUGCCAGAGCCCCCAGCCCAAGCCUCACCCACGGACACUUGGAGAGAGAAAAGCCACCCCAGGACCCACUCUAUGAUGUACCUGAUGCAAGUGGGGGCCAGGCUGGUGGGCCCCAGCGGCCCACACGUGCCGUGAGCCCUCGGGAGCGCCUGCUGCUCACCCGGCCCGUGUGGCUGCAGCUUCAGGCCAAUGCUGCUGCAGCUCUGCAUGUGCUGAGGACUGAGCCUCCCGGGACGUUUCUGGUGCGGAAAUCUAACACCCGCCAGUGCCAGGCCCUGUGUGUGCGGCUGCCCGAGGCCAGUGGCCCCUCCUUCGUCUCCAGCCACUACAUCCAGGAGAGUCCUGGUGGUGUCUCUUUGGAGGGCUCCGAGCUUCUGUUCGCAGACCUAGUCCAGCUCAUCUGCGCCUACUGUCACACCCGGGACAUCCUUCUCCUCCCACUCCGGCUACCCAGGGCCAUCCAACAGGCAGCCACCCACAAGGAGCUGGAGGCCAUCUCCCACCUGGGCAUUGAGUUCUGGAGUUCCUCCCUCAACACCAAGGUUCACCAGGGCCUGUCUGAAGGCGCACAGGCUCCCCGGCUGAAGGCCCGCUCCCCUCAUGAGCUGGACCAGGGCACCGGCGCUGCACUCUGCUUCUUCAACCCCCUCUUCCCAGGGGACCUUGGCCCCACCAAGCGUGAGAAAUUUAAGAGGAGCUUCAAAGUGCGUGUGUCCACGGAGACCUCCAGCCCCCUGUCUCCACCUGCCGUGCCGCCUCCCCCAGUCCCCGAGCUACCGGGCACAUCCCUCAGCCACCCGGAGAGGCUUCCCGCUCGUCAGCUGCUGCGGAGGGAGAGCUCAGUGGGGUACCGUGUGCCAGGGGGUGCCAGCCCUAGCCUCCCACCCCUGCCCUCCCUCCAGGAGGUGGAAUGCGGCUCCCCUAGCAGCUCCGAGGAGGAGGGGCCGCCAGGGUCCCGGGGCAGCCCCUCAGUCUCUCCCAGUCUGGGCCGCAAGUGGCACAGGCGGCCACUGCUUAGGUCCAUGAGCUCUGCCUUCUGCUCCCUGCUGGCCCCUGAGCGGCACGUGGUCCGUGCAGCUGCCUUGCUGGUGCAGGACAGACACACAGGCGUGGGCCAGCUGGUACAGGAUCUCCUGACGCAGGUGCGGGCUGGCCAUGAGCCCCAGGAGCUUCAAGGCAUCCGCCAGGCACUGAGCCGGGCCCGGGCCAUGCUGAACGCGGAGCUGGGGCCCGAGAAGCUGCUGCCCCCUGAGAGGCUGGAACACGUCCUGGAGAAGUCGCUGCAUCGCUCUGUGCUCAAGCCUCUCCGGCCCAUCCUGGCAGCUCGCCUUCGGCGUCGACUUUCUGCUGAUGGCUCCCUUGGCCGCCUGGCUGAGGGCCUCCGCCUGGCCCGGGCCCAGGGCCCUGGCGCCUUCGGCUCUCACCUGAGCCUGCCCUCCCUGGCAGAGAUGGGGCAGGUGCGCCAAAAGCUACUGCAGCUGCUCCGCGCCUACUCACCCAGCGCCCAGGUCAAGCGGCUCCUGCAGGCCUGCAAGUUGCUGUACACAACCCUGAGGACCCAGGCAGGGGAGAGUGCAGGUGCUGACGAGUUCCUGCCACUGCUGAGCCUCGUCUUGGCCCAGUGUGACCUUCCUGACCUCCUGCUGGAAGCCGAGUAUAUGUCAGAGCUUCUGGAGCCUUCCCUGCUCACUGGAGAGGGUGGCUACUACCUGACCAGCCUGUCCGCCGGCCUGGCCCUGCUGAGCAGCUUAAGCCAAUCUCACACUCUCCCUCUGAGCCCCGCGCAGGAGCUGCAGUGCUCCCUGAGGCUCUGGGAGCAGCGGUGCCUGCCUGCUACCCGCAGCUCCCAGCACCUCCUCAGAGUGGCUUACCAGGACCCCAGCAGUGGGUGCACCUCCAAGACCCUGGCUGUGCCCCCAGGGGUCUCGAUUGCCACCUUGAGCCAGCUCUGUGCCACCAAGUUCCGAGUGACCCAGCCCAAUGCUUUCGGCCUCUUCCUGUACAAGGAGCAGAGCUACCACCGCCUGCCCCCAGGAGCUCUGGCCCACAGGCUUCCAACGGCUGGCUACCUCGUCUACCGCCGGGCAGAGCGGCCUGAGACCCAGGAGGAUGCAAGACAGAAGAUGGGUAGUGGGCAGCCAGAGGCAGGCAGCCGGGAAGAGGAAAAAGGAGUCCAGGGAGAGCGGAGCGUGGGGGUCAAAGCCAGCCCCAAGGACAGCAGGGGAGAAUACAAGGCUGCUGAGCGGAGCAAGCAUCAAGCUGGAGGAGGCUAUGUGCAGGCAAGGGAGCCGGAGGCUGAGGGAAGCCUGGCCACAGAAGAGUAGCUGGAAGGGACCAGAAGAUCCUCUGGGGCCGAAGCCUGCGGAGAAGGCCAGCAGAGCCACCAGCCCCACUCAGCAAGGCCACAGCCUCCUUGGCCACCCCCACCCCAGCCCUCUCCUGUGUCCGCCACCACCUGAUACUUACCUCCAUGAGCACAUCUGCUGAGGGCUGGGGCCUGGUCACAGCUGAGGGACUGGGGUAAAGUUGAGGGGUUUAGGAGACCUCUGUGUCCUUUGCCUCUUCUUCUGCAGCCUGCAGGGGUGAGUGUGUCCAAUAGGGAAAGAGUCCAACUGAGGCCUAGCCUCUGGCCUGCUGGGUGUGUGGGGGUCUGGCCCUGUUAUAUCUCCCCCCACCCUGUGAGUGCAGGGGGGCUACUGGGGCCCUCAAGGUCCUGAAAGGCUCAGUCACUUCUGGUGUCUGGAAGACUCAGGAAGGCAGCACAGUGCCAGCAAAGGUCCCUGGAAGGACCCGCUCCUCCCAGCCUCAGCAUCCUCAUCUGCAAAGUAGGGAUGUAGGACUGCCUUGCCCACCUCCCGGAAGUGCUCCAGUGGAUGACCUUGCUGGAAAGCAGAGCUCAGACCACAGGAGAAGGGAGGGGAGAAGCUGGGUGUUAGCAGCUCCCACUUGCUCCCUUCCAUGAGCCCACCCCCUGCCCAAGGGGCGCUUAUGAGCGGCUUUUCCCUCCAUCAGUCUGGGAAGGUUAUUGGCUGCAGGCCACGUUCUGGGGAAGAAAGCACCAUGUUGGAGCUUCUCCCAGGAUUGGAAGCCCUCCUAGGUACCCAGGGGAGUCGGCCAGUGGAAAUAAUGCCCACCUUCCGGAGCUGAGCUGGAAUGGAAAAGAGGCUCUGAAACCAUUUUCUCAGCACUAAACUUCUGGCCCUCAUAAAAGCUUUAUGGCGAUGCGAGGCGUGGCGCAUUGGCCCCUUUGAGGUACGAGAAGGCAACUCCCAAGACAUAACACAGCAAAUCCCCCCCAAGGCGGGGACAGCCCCAAAGGGAAACUCAGGAGGCAAAUCUGAACAAAUAAAAAUGCCAAUCGCUGACCACAAGGGGGCGCGUGCGGCCCAGGAAGCCGCCGGGAGGGUGCGCCCUAGGCAGGCGUCAUGGGUCACUGUCUGUGCUCACCUGCAGCCUUAGGGCAACCUGGGGACAGCGAAGGACCGGUAUUACUAGUCCUUGGGCCCCUUGGAGUUAGGGGUCUAGGUCAUACCAGCCUUUCAGGGACUAUUCCUCAGGAAGGAAUUGUCCCGGGAUGGAGGAAGACCCCAGCCAGUCUGAGUGACACUACUUUCAUGAGCUGAGCACAAAGGGACAUCAACCCACAUAUGACAUGAUAACCAGGAGGCAGAAAUCAUGGAUGUGGGCUUUCACACAACCUAUAGACAGCCCAGGUAUGGGGCUCCCAAAUUUCUCACUAGACUACUGAAAUGCUCCGCUUCAACUCUGUGCUCCCCCCACCCCAUCUCCUUACUGAGAGGAAGCCUCCCAUUUAUUCUGUGUGUGUCCUCCCUGCCCGCCCCCAUCCCCAGUGCCUUGUUCAGUGUGAGCGCACAAUAGGUGCUCAAUAAAACCUGUCCAUGGA